AUGGCGGCGGAGGCGGGGCUAGAUUUUGUCUGCAAAUACUGCGACAAGAAGUUCAGAAAUAAGUAUGCUUUGGGAGGGCACCAGAACGCGCACAGGUUUGAGAGAGCUAUGGAUUGGACUCUUAAGAGGAAAAGACGUGGCGGUUUCAUGGAUUAUUAUCCAUUUUCUCCUUUCGCCGGCGCCGGCGCCGGCGGGUACUGGAAUCAGGCGGCGUCAAUGCCGCUGUAUUUCCGGCCUGGCUACCGAAUUCCCUCGCCGGAGAUUCUAGUCAGGCCACUGCCGGUGGAAUAUCGUCCCCCUAGUGCUCAGGUUUUGCCGCCGGCGAUGAAUAUCGACGGCGGCGACACCUUUCCGGUGGGGAGUGGAUCCACCAAUUCUGCUGUUACCCCGAUGUUUGGUUCCAUUGCUAUUAACUCCAAUCCAAGGAAUGCUCCAGAAAUGAUGGAGGAUGGAGAACUGGACUUGAAUCUUAAGCUAUGA